AUGUUUGCAGAUCUUCUCGCAAGAGGCAGGUCGACCAUCACGCAAUUAGCGCAACAUACAUCGCUCAACCAACGACAAGUGCGUCAUGGGAUCGCUGUGCUCAUUCAGCUAAAUCUCAUCUUCCACUUUACGGACCAAGACUCGGGCAUCACAUACUAUGACGCAAACCCUCAUGCUGCCUACAAUCUUGUCCGAACGGGAAAGAUCCUUGACAUGGUUCGUGAGAAAUAUGGGUCUGAUGCGAAUGCUCUCGUGCACGAGGUUCUUGUUCAGGGUCACACGAAGAUUUCCGAUUUGAUAGCAGCAUUCAAGGAGCGAUAUACUAUGCAGCAAAAGACUGCCAACGGUGUAUCCCAAAAUGGCCACCAUGUCAACGGCAAUGGCGUUAGCAAUGGUAUGGGCGAUAUAAAGAUAGGGGAUGAACGUGUCGACCUAGAGGAUCAAGCCUACGAGAGUCUCGCACAGCUUAUUGCGGCCGGUAUUCUUGAGCCGCUUACGCUAGCGAUGUACCAAUCUCCACAGGACCUAAGAAGCACAAUUGAGCAAGACUUCCUGACUAGCUACUAUCCCACUGGCAUUCGAGGAGCCAAGCAGACAGCCGAAUUCGAUAAGUAUGUCAGAGACAAGCUAAGGGAUUUUCAUCUUAAAAACACGGAACUAAAGAAUGAUCUCGAAUUUGAAUUCGAGAACGGGGCUGGCUCUAAGCGCCGGAAGCUAACUAACGGCACGACCUCCAAUAUACUUGCCAACGGAAAAGUAAAAUCCACUUUACUAAAAAACCUUGAUACCGUGCUUCGGGUGAACUAUGAUAAAUGUGUGGUUGAGCUCCGCAACCUUAAACUCGAGCGGUAUGUAGAAGACUUGAUCGGCGAUACUACAGCAAAGGUGUACGCAACAUUACUUGGCGUGCUGAGCAAAAAGAUUUCUCGUUGUCAAACCGAUAAAUCAAUCGAGGUCGAAGAUGAGAACGACGAUGCUUCUACAGGGCCCCGCGUCACUACUCAAGAGAUUUUUGAGCACCUGAACCCUUCUAUUGAUGUAUCAGGCGGUGUUGGAAUGCUCCAUGAGGAUGGUGCCAUUGAUAUUCGCUGUGCAGAAAAAAUUAGACGAUUUCCUCCCCAGCUUAAGGGUUCGACCCUUAAAGAAGAGCUCCAGGAAGGGGAAGAAAUCGUUGAGUCGGACGACGAAGACUACGAUCCCAGCGGGGAGGCAGCUAUCAGCUUCGGAUUACAUGGUCCGAAUGGUUCAGAUGAAGUCAAAAUGCAAGUGGACGACAGCGUUCCGAUCGGCACUAAGCGGCUACAUCAGAUGCGACAACAUCUACUUAUCCUUACCGAAAGUAAGGAGGGUUUUGUGCGACAUUGUGGCAGUCUUGAUUUCGGCGAAUGGACAGUCGAUUUCGAACCACUCGUGCAGCAUCUAAAGUUCCUCGAGCUUGAUACGCUUAUCGAGAACCGGUUUGGUCGUCGGGGUCUACGUCUCACUCGAAUUCUUAGAGAAAAGGGAAAGAUCGACGAUAAAACAUUGCCCAGUUUGGCUCUUAUGAAGAAGCCGGAUGUGCACGUUAAGAUGGCGGAGAUGGAGAUGGCGGGAUUCUUGGACGUACAAGAGGUACCUCGGGACAACAACCGAGCGGCCGCCCGGACAAUUUUCUUUUGGUUUUUCGACCUCGAAAGGACACUACAGCGAACACUAGACAAUACCUACAAGUCCAUGGUGCGCUGUCUACAGCGAUUAGACGUCGAGCGUCGUAAGAAGGCAAGCGUUCUCUCGGUUGCCGAACGUAAAGAUGUUCAGGGAAUGGAAGAGGAAAAACUAAGAGGUGACAUAUAUAAUGAAUACGUGCAGUUUCUCGACCUCGAAAAGAAACUACUCGGCCAAGUUGGAAAGCUCGACGAUAUUGUAGCAGUCUUUAGAGACUUCUAG